CUUCCAUAAAGGCGCUGGUGCAGGUGCUCUGUCUCAUCGGGGGAGGAUGCCAUAGGAAGGACGGGCAGGGGGAAAAAAAUGAAGGAAACCGCUGAGAGAGGAGAGCACAGGAUAUGAUAAGCAGGGUAUCAGACUGGAAACGGAGGACACUGAAUAUGAAAGAUUUAUUGAAAGGGGCACUUUGAGCUAUUAUUCCUGGUUGGCAAUAGUACUAUGAUUUGGUAUGUGGCCACUUUGAUAGCAAGUGUUUUCAGCACCCGAGGAACGGCAGCUCAAGGUGCCCACGGAGUGAGAGAGGAGCCCCAGUUUGUGACGGCCCGUGCAGGAGAUAGUGUUGUUUUGGGAUGUGACGUGAGCCACCCCCUAAACGGCCAGCAGACUCCCUAUGUGGUGGAGUGGUUCAAAUUCGGUGUGCCUAUUCCCUUCUUCAUCAACUUCCGUUUCUAUCCUCCUCAUGUGGACCCUGAGUACACCGGUAGAGCCAGUCUGCAUGGCAAAGCGUCUCUGCAGAUCGACCAUGUGCGCUCAGAAGACCAGGGCUGGUACGAGUGCAGGGUCCUCAUGCUGGAACAACAAUACGACACCUUUCACAAUGGCAGCUGGGUUCACCUCACAGUCAACGGUAGAGCCAGUCUGCAUGGCAAAGCGUCUCUGCAGAUCGACCAUGUGCGCUCAGAAGACCAGGGCUGGUACGAGUGCAGGGUCCUCAUGCUGGAACAACAAUACGACACCUUUCACAAUGGCAGCUGGGUUCACCUCACAGUCAACGCGCCCCCUACGUUCACGGACACGCCACCGCAGUAUGUGGAGGCGAGGGAGGGUGGCAGCAUUACUCUGACCUGCACUGCCUUCGGAAACCCCAAGCCGGUGGUCACCUGGCUGAGAGACGGGGAUCAGCUGACCAGCAACAAGAAAUACACGGUGAGUGACGGCAGUCUGACUGUGCAGGCCAUCACACGGGAGGACCGGGGGGCCUACAGCUGCCGUGCCCAAAGUGACCAGGGGGAGGUGCUACACACCACCCGCCUUCUGGUGCAAGGUGAGCAUCCACAGAUUGCGAUGUCUGUGUAG